GUGCAGAGGCGGCCCCAGGGCCGCUCUGCGCAGCCCUGCUGCCGCACGCCUCGACCCCGAGUUUCUGCACGUACCAGUACGAUGGCGGCGUCUGUCGGCAGGGCAUCGAGGGCCACGUCAAGCUCAUCAGGAGCUUGAUUCAGGUGAACAGCACCAUGUCCUUCAAGAAGGACGCGUGGCUCCAGGCGCUCAAGGAGGUUGCCAAGCACAAGCCACUGGUGUUCAGGAGCAAGGGGGAGGUGUCUGCGUGGCAGGCCGAGCUGCACAAGCGCUUGAAGACGAUGCGCCGCCACGCGAGCCAGCACAUGAUCAAGGACACCCCCCCAAAAUGGUUCAAAGCGCUGGCGCCCCCAAAGCCCGUGAAGAACGCAGAGCCUGGCGACGACGCCGACGGGGACCAGCACGAGGACGAGUUCGACGAGAACGACGAGGAGGGCGGGGAGGAGGAGGACCCCGCCGACUUCGAGCCCGACGUGGAGGUAGACACGAAGGAGCCUGCUGCCAUCACGGCAACUGGCGUGGCCAAGACCCCCGUGUAUGACUACGGGUACGACGGGGAGGCUCGCUGCGCGUUCCGCACGCGCACGGACGGCCCGAAGAAGCACUUCCCAGAGUAUGCGCUCGAGAUGCGCGAGCCUCCAGGUGCAGCUCCUACAGAUUGCAUGCUGGCGGUGUUCAACGACGCGGAGGCGGUGCCCGUGGCGCAGGUGACCGUUGCCAAGUGGCGAUCGGGUCUCACGCAGCCGAAGGCCAAGGCGAAGAUCAAGGCGACGCCGGGCACGCCCAUGAAGAAGAAGAAGAACAAGAAGCAGCAGGAGAUGAAGACGACGAAUGAGAUCUCCGACUCGGGCCCAGAUAGCAGAGCCGCAAGCAGCGGUGCAGGCGCGAGCGAGCUGAAGUCCAGACGCUUGCCCGACAGGCAGGGGUGGCUCGGCAAGAACAGCAAUGAUGAGAAGGUCGAGGCGCUGAUCCGCAGCAAUGAUGUCAGAGGCAAGCCGCCCCAGCGCCUCGCCGUCGUCCAGGUGAGCGGCAAGGCGGCGAUCACCAUCAAUGUGGACAAGUUCGAGGCGACGGCGGAGACGACCUCACAAGCUGCUGCCCUGGCUUGGGCAUCGGCCGUCGCAGUGAAGCUGGCGCACGGGCAGAUCGAUCGAGAGGGGGCCAUCGCCAUGAAGGCCGCGAAGCUGGAUCAGGUCGGCGGCAAUGUUGUCAUGAAGAGGCCGUCAGCUGUUUUAAAGAAGCCAGGCGCAGCUGCUAAGAGCGCUCGCUCGAGGCCUUCUGCAGCGCCUGGCGCCAACGAGGGCGCUGCCUCUGCGGCCACUCCGCCCGUGACCAAGCGGGCG